AUGAAAGGAAUGGUGGUGGUGGGGUUUGUUUUGAUGGCUUUGGUUAUGUUCUCUUCUUGUAGUAAACUCCAUCCAAUAAUUCUGGUUCCUGGGAGCGGAGGGAACCAGCUAGAAGCAAGGUUAAACGAGGCUUACAAACCCUCGAGCUUGGUCUGCAACCGUUGGUUACCGAUUCCAAAAGAAGAAGGAGGAUGGUUUAGACUAUGGUUCGACCCUUCCGUCCUCUUAUCUCCCUUCACCAAAUGCUUCGCUCAACGAAUGAUUCUCUAUUACGAUCUCCACAAAGAUGACUACUUUAACUGUCCCGGUGUUGAAACCAGAGUCCCUGACUUCGGCUCUACUCAGUCGCUUCUCUGCCUCGAUCCCAAACUCAAGCACAUCACAACAUAUAUGGCAGACUUGGUGGACUCUCUUGAACAAGAAGGCUACAAGGAAGGAGAAACACUCUUUGGAGCACCAUAUGACUUCCGAUAUGGUCUAGCAGCUGCUGGUCACCCAUCUUCUACAGGUUCCAAAUUCCUUGAAGACCUUAAAGGAUUGAUAGAGAUGGCAAGCACAUCCAAUGAAGGAAACCCAGUAAUAAUCCUUUCCCACAGCUUAGGCGGUCUCUUCGCCCUUCACCUUCUCAAUAGAAAUCACUUAUCUUGGCGUCGCAAGUAUGUUAAACACUUCAUCUCCUUAUCAGCUCCAUGGGGUGGUACUGUUCAAGAGAUGAUCACAUUUGCUUCUGGUUACUCCUUAGGUGUUCCCUUAGUUGAUCCAUUACUUGUAAGAGAAGAGCAAAGGAGCUCAGAAAGCAACCUUUGGCUAUUACCCUCUCCUAAACUAUUCCCGUCAAACAAACCUCUUGUAAUUACAGAAAACAGAAACUACUCUGCCAGUGAAAUCCCACAGUUUCUUGAGGACAUAGGCUUUUCCCAAGGUGUACAUCCUUAUAGAACAAGAAUUUUGCCACUAAUUAACAAGUUUACUGCACCAGAGGUUCCUGUGACUUGCAUUGUUGGGAGUGAGGUUAAGACACCUGAGACUUUGUUUUAUGGGAGAGAUGGAGGGUUUGAUGAACAGCCUGAGGUUCUGUAUGGGGAUGGAGAUGGGACUGUGAACAUGAUGAGUUUGUUAGCACUUGAAUCAGAGUGGGCUGGGAUGGAAGCCAAACAGACUCUUAAGGUAACAAGAAUUCCUCAUGUCUCUCAUACUUCCAUUCUAAAGGACAGUGUCUCUGUUGCAGAAAUAGUAAGAGAAAUUUCUACUAUAAAUUCAGUACAAGUUCUGAGAUCAGUUGUGUAGGAAACUGAAAUCUAAAUUAGAGGUUUU